GCAGGGCAUGAGGAUGUUCCGAGGUGUACAAGUGAGCCUCCGCCGCAAGACUGGUGAGCUGGUGGAGAGUCAGGUGUACAUCAAGAAGGCCGCCCUGCCAGGAGCUGCCGGUGAAGUUGAAGAAGUUCUUCUCUUCUACUUCUCUGAUCUUGGAGUUGUGGAUGAGGUGCGGGGGAUGGGUGGCACCUCCUCUUCCAAGGUGCUGCCAAGGGUUCAAGGCUUGAAUUUGGUGAAAAGUUGGGAGUCUACUACUGUAUCCCUCUGA